GCACCCUCAACCUCUUACAGAAAGGAACCUUGCCAGAAGUAAUCACUCUCUCUGUGGACAUAUAUAGGGUUUCCUUUCAUCUACACAAUAUUGGAUCCAUCAACACCAGAGGCCUCAAACACUACUUACUUCUCUGCCAUCACUAGAUAUGCUUCAAUCAACCUCUGCAAAAUAGAUUUCUGCUUCUCCAACAAAAUUGGCUUUGUUGGAUCUUGGAAACUAGGUUUGGCUUCUGUUUAAUAAUCUCUGGUCUCAUCAGUUAUCUUGGAAGGAAUACUUUAAGCUGCUAUUUAAGCUCCAUCGUCACCAAUGAAGAAAAGGAGCAUAUAGAAUAAAUUAAUUUAAUAGAAAUGGAUGAGAGAAUUUGUAUAUCUGAGGAAGAAAAGAGUGAAAGUAGCAGACCCUCUUCUGCAAGGCUUAGAAGAAAACGUUCAUUCUUCGAUUUGAAUGAAGAAGCUGUGGAUGAUGGAGAUGGUAGCACCAGUGAUGAUCCCAUCAGUAACAAUGAGAUAUCAUCUCAAGAGGGUAAUUUGAGUAGUAACAAUAACUCAAGUGAUGAAGGGAAAGAGCGUGGAACUGCUGUUAGGCAAUAUGUUCGGUCCAAAAUGCCAAGACUCCGUUGGACCCCUGAUCUUCAUUUAGCUUUUGUGCAUGCUGUCGACAGGCUUGGUGGACAAGAAAGAGCAACCCCCAAGUUGGUUCUCCAGUUGAUGAAUGUGAGAGGACUUAGCAUUGCACAUGUAAAGAGCCAUUUACAGAUGUAUCGAAGUAAAAAGCUUGAUGAGUCUGGCCAAGUUUUGUCUCAGAAUAGGGCAAUGCAGGGAAGGCACAGUAUUUUCGAUAUGUAUGGAAGACUCAAUGCCCCACGACACUUUGUCGUUGAUAACAGAAAUUAUGUUCCAUCAUCUCUGCUCAUGGAACAAUCACCUUAUCAGAUCAGUGCUCACUCUUCAAGUGUUUCUCUCUGUAGAUUACACCCGACAGGGUUUUUCAAUAGUCACCACAUGAUGAUAAGAUCUAGUUCAGUGUGGGACAAAGAUCUGCGUAAUUAUCAGUAUCAGCGUAGUUCUUGCAGUCCUAACUUCACUGGCCACGCCAAGUUUGAUGCCGAGGUUGGUGAUGUGAAAAAUGGAAUGCCAGAAUUCCUUAAUCAGGUUCAAGUAAGGAAGCAAGGUGAAAUGAAAGAUGAAUAUGAGAAGAAAGGGAGUAUGAGUAUUUUGGAGGUGAAUUUAAGUAAAGAUUCAAGAAAAGUUAAGAAAGAUGAUGCAGAAAGUGAAGAAGAAAUUAAUACGAGACUGUCUCUUUCACUGUUCACUUCAUCAUCCUCAAAUUCAUCACAACAAGCACAGUGUAGUGAAAAUCAUAAAGACGAUACUCAUGUUGAGAGUUUUUGUUUACAAAAUUAUGCAGCGAGGAGUCGUUUGGGCUGAGUACUUAUUAGGAUCUUAACUGUGUCUAAUAGAGCAUAGGGGUGAGAUCUUUUAAGUACUUGUCUUAACAAAUCAAUGUCCUUCUUAAACAAAAUAAGUAAUUCUAGAUAUUUCAUU